AUGUUUCGUCAACUUCUUCGGACGGUGCCGAGACAACUCCGGUUUUACAGCAGUGAGGCGGCCAAUGAGGCGAGCAAAGAGGUGGCAAAACCAAAGGUUGUGUCAAGUGUACAGGCCGGCACUGUUUUGAAGGGCUGCAAUGUCCGCAAGAAUGGCGAGGACCCCGUCGCUCUCGCAGACGAAGAGUACCCAGCAUGGCUAUGGGAGGUCCUUGAUCCGGAGAUUCAGAAGGCCAAACUAGAAGCCGAUCCCAUCGUGGCCGCUCGCAAGCAGCGUCGUGAGCUGAACCGCAAGAAGAUCAAGGAGCAGAACUUCUUGGCUGGCAUGCGCAGUUAA